CUGAUACGAUGAACAACUCAACAACAUCUUAUGCCGGCUAUAAUGCUGGAUUCCAGCUGGGUCAAAAUGUUGGUCAAAUAAAUAACAAUUACUAUAAUCAACUAGAUGAUUCAAAGGCUAUCAACCCUGAGCUUGAUAAGCAGAGAAUCGAAAAGGAGAAAGGUGGCCUUCUUCGAGACUCUUACCGCUGGGUGCUCGAUCACGAUGAUUUCAAAAAUUGGAGAUACACUGCAGGCAAUCAAUUUCUCUGGAUCAAAGGUGAUCCUGGUAAAGGCAAGACAAUGCUAAUUUGUGGUAUUAUCAAUGAGCUUUUAGAGAAAGCUAGCCAAGAUGAUAUUAAUAUUGUCUACUUCUUCUGUCAAGCCACCAAUACUCGUAUAAACAGUGCUACAGCGAUUUUACAAGGACUUGUUACUAUGCUUGGGAAGCAACAGCCUCUACUUCAGAACCACAUUCCUGCGAAAUUUCUUAACAAUGAGAAUGGGUGGUUCGAACUACGCAGUGUCUUUCGGAAGAUACUCCGAGAUCCAGCUAUGAAGAAGACCUACCUAAUGAUUGAUGCACUGGAUGAUCGAAACUGGCCGAUUAUCGAGAAAUAUCUUGAUAAUACAAAAGGAAUCAGAAUUCAGCUUGAGCUGAACCAAGACAAUCUAGCUGCUGCUGUUGACUACUUUAUCAAGUAUAAAGUAGAGGAGUUGUCAAAGAGAAACAGAUACACCCUUGAAAAGAGAAAGAUGGCUGAAAAUCACUUAUACUUACAGAAAAAGCUUAAGGAUUUCCCUCCUGGGCUUGAUGAAUUUUAUCAUCGAAUGUUCAGCAAUAUUCAGGACUUGAAUGAUGAUGUUGAGCUAUGUCUGUCAUUGCUCGGAAUCAUCAUAACUGUCUAUCGUCCUAUCACAUUAGACGAGUUAUUAUUAUAUCUUGAAUCACAGGACGAGGUUACCUACGAUGAUCUCAGAGAGAUUGUGAAACUCUGUGGAUCCUUUCUUACUCUUCAAAAUCAAACAAUCACCUUAGUUCAUCAAUCUGUACAAGACUUUUUACUGAAACACACAUCUCACAGUAUUGCACCUUAUGGAAUACAGAAGAUAUACUACUCUCUCUUCUCUAAGUCUUUGGAAAGUCUUCAUACAAAAUUACAACGGAAUAUAUAUAAUCUUAGAGAUCCUGCAGUUUCUAUUAUUCAGAUUAGCCAGCCAGAACCAGAUCCGCUGGGCACAGUUCGGUACGCAUGUGUGUACUGGACAGAUCAUCUCAAUGACUACUUCAGCGAUAAAGAGACAAGUAUACAAAUCUCAGAUACGAUGCUUCUCGAUACUUUUCUCCGUCAGGAUCUACUCCAUUGGCUUGAAGCUCUUAGCUUGACCAGAGAGUUAUCAGAAGGAGCUAAAUCAAUGCUAAAGCUUAAAGAAUUAUUAUUGAAGACAAUGACAAGAGAUACAGAAGUGAUCUCAAGAGUUCAAGAUGCGUACCGUUUUAUUAUAUACCACAGAGCAAUGAUAGAGAAUUAUCCACUUCAAGUAUAUGCUUCUGCCAUGAUUUUCAGCCCACAAAGCUGUAUCACAAGACGUCAAUUCAAGCCUAAGGUCUUACAGUGGAUAAGUGAGAAACAUAUCGUGGAAGAACACUGGAGCGCCUGCCUGCAGACGCUUGAGGGUUAUGAAUCUGUGGUCUUCUUAUAUGACUCUAAGCUGCUGGCCUCUGCUUCUCGAGACAAGACUAUCAAGCUGUGGGAUGCCGACAGCGGCGCCUGCCUACAGACGCUCGAGGGUCAUAGGGGCUUGAUCAAGUCUGUGAUCUUCUCACAUGACUCCAAGCUACUGGCCUCUGCUUCCCAGGAUAAGACUAUUAAGCUAUGGGACGCCGACAGUGGCACCUGUCUGCGGACGCUUGAGGGUCAUAAAGACUGGGUCAAGUUAGUGGUCUUCUCACAUGACUCUAAGCUGCUGGCCUCUGCUUCUCAAAACAAGACUGUCAAGCUGUGGGAUGCCGGCAGCGGCGCCUGUCUGCAGACGCUCGAGGGUCAUGAAUUUGUAGUCUUCUCGCAUGACUCUAAGCUGCUGGCCUCUGCUUCUCGAGACAAGACUGUCAAACUGUGGGAUACUAGCAGCGGCACCUGCCUGCAGAUGCUCGAGGGUCAUAAGAGCUCGAUCAAGUCUGUGAUCUUCUCGUAUGACUCCAAGCUGCUGGCCUCUGCUACCCAAGAUAAGACUGUCAGGCUAUGGGAUGCCAGCAGUGGCGCCUGCCUACAGACGCUCCGGGGUCAUAAUAAGCUAGUCUGCUGUACCGUCAAGCUGUGGGACGCCAGCAGCAGCAGCGCCUGCCUGCAGACGCUUGAGGGUCAUAAUAAGUCAGUCCGGUCUAUAGUCUUCUCGCAUGACUAUAAGCUACUAGCCUCUGCGUCCCGCGACGAGACCAUCAAGCUGUGGGAUGCUGGCAGCGGUGCCUGCCUACAGACACUUAAAGGUCAUAAAGACUGGAUUGGAUCUGUAGUUUUCUCGCAUAACUCCAAGCUGCUAGCCUCUGCGUCUGACGACCGGACUAUUAAGCUGUGGGAUGCUGGGAGCGGCGCCUGCCUGCAGACGCUCGAGGGUCAUAAAGACUGGGUCCGGUCUGUGGUCUUCUCGCAUGACUCUAAGCUGCUGGCAUCUGCUUCCGAGGACGGGACCGUUAAGCUGUGGGACACCGGCUGCGGCACCGGCAGCGGCGCCUGCUUGCGGACACUGAAGGGUCAUAAUAAAUCGGUCUACACUGUAGUCUUUUCGCAUGACUCUAAGCUGUUGGUCUCUGCUUCCGACGACCAAACCGUCAAGCUCUGGAAUGCUGGCAGCGGCGCCUGCCUGCAGACCUUCGAGGGUCACGGUGACUCGGUCAUAAAGCUUGAUAUUAUCAAAUCAAGUCUUGAAACUAGCAUGGGUAUCUUAACCUCGUCUUUCCUUACCGACUCGAGUUUCUCCCAAACAAGUCCUGAAGGACUGCAUUCUCAGGGAUUCGGAAUAAGUUCCGAUCGUACCUGCAUUACAUGGAACUCAGUCAAUCUGUUAAAGUUGCCAUCGAUAUUCAAAGUGACAGCCACCGCUAUAACAGAAUCGGCCAUUUGUGUUGGUUGUCAUUCAGGACGAGUGCUUAUAUUGAGCUCCGAUCAUCAGUAA